GCCGCCGCCCCAUCGAUCGCUCGGCGCUCCCGCACUCAGGCGCACCCCCGCGACCGCCCGGCGCGCGCUCCCGCCGCCCCCCCCCCGCCCGCAGCGCAGCGCAGACUGAGACUAAUUAUGGAAGAGAAAUCCAAAAAAUGACAGAAAAGCAUUAGUUUUCUUCUUCCAGGACAGUCAUGUUGGAAGGAUUGGUAGCCUGGGUCCUCAACACCUACCUGGGCAAAUAUGUCAAUAACCUGAACACAGACCAACUUUCAGUGGCACUUCUAAAGGGUGCUGUUGAAUUGGAAAACUUGCCACUAAAAAAAGAUGCCUUAAAGGAGCUGGAAUUACCAUUUGAAGUAAAGGCAGGUUUCAUUGGCAAAAUAACACUACAGAUCCCUUUUUAUCGUCCACAUGUGGAUCCAUGGGUGAUAUCUGUCUCAAAACUGCACUUAAUUGGUGCACCAGAAAAAAGAGAAGAGUUUGAUGAGGAAAGGGAAAAGUUGCAAGAGAGAGAGCACAAGAAAGCCCUUCUGCUGGCACUUGAAGAAAAAUGGAAGAAAGAACAACAACAGAAAGGGGAGUCUUACUGGUACUCAGUUACUGCAUCUGUAGUCACGAGAAUUGUAGAAAACAUUGAAUUAAAAAUCCAGGAUGUGCAUUUGAGGUUUGAGGAUGGUGUCACAAAUCCCUCGCAGCCAUUUGCAUUUGGCAUCUGCAUCAAAAAUGUCUCAAUGCAAAAUGCAGUGUUUGAACCAGUGGAGAAGCUGAUGCGGAAAAAACAGAUGGAAGUUGCUGAUUUCAGUGUUUAUUGGGAUACCAGUUGCACUUUACUGGGUGACCUGCCUCCUGGUCAGCUACAGGAAGCAAUGGAUAGAAGCAUGGAAAGUCGUGAUCACAAUUACAUCAUGGAGCCUGUCUGCACUUCUGCUCUUCUCAAGAGAAAUUGUUCUAAGGAGCCUUUAAGGUCCCGACACACUCCACGGCUGGAAUGUGACAUUCAGCUGGAGACAAUACCCCUGAAGCUUUCCCAGAUGCAGUAUCAGCAGAUCAUAGGAUUUUUAAAGGAACUGGAUAGAAAGGAACGACAGCUUAAAUACAGGAAGUGGAAACCAAAGGUUACAGUAACAGAAAACUGCCGGGAAUGGUGGAUCUUUGCCCUGAAUGCAAAUCUUUGGGAGAUCAGGGAGCAGAGGCAGCGUUCCACCUGGGCAUUUGCGCUGCAUCGGGCCCGGGACGCCGUGUCCUACACAGACAUGUACUACAGCAAGCUGAAGGGGGAACCACUGUCUGCUGCUGACCAGGCAGAAAUGCAUCGUAUUGAGGAUGAGCUGACUUAUGAGGAUUUGAAGGUUCUGUAUGAGAUAGUCCAUAAUAAAUUUCAUGAUUUAGCUGAGAGUGUUAAAGAGCCCUUGCCUGAUUCCAUUGGAGGUUCCCCUCCAGCAGAGCCCACCCGUGACAGCAGCUCUGGCAUGCUGCAGUACCUGCAGUCCUGGUUUCCUGGCUGGGGAGGCUGGUAUGGAUAUGCUCAGCAGACAUAUGAAGGUGAACCUUUUGAAGGGCUGCUGCCAGACCCCAAGGAGCAGUGGAAUCCAGAAGACAUACUGGGCACGGAUGAAUUUUUUGAUCCUGCUGCAGAUGCUUCCAGCAUGAAUACCUUUACCAAGAGAGAUCAUGUUUUUGCUAAAUUAAAUCUACAGCUGCAGGGUGGCUCUUUCACUCUCUUGCAUAGGAAGAAAAAGGUGUUGCAUGCUGAAGAGACUGCUUUUAUGCAGCUGGAGUUUUCAGGUGUAAAGGUCUUGGCAGAAUCCCUUCCUCGCAGAAAGUCUUCCCUUCUCAAAGUUCAGCUUGGUGGUCUUUUCCUGAGGGAUUUGGCAACAGAAGGGACCAUAUUUCCUGUUCUUGUUUUUCCAAAUCCUCAAAAAGAGGUUGGCUGCAUGUCUUCCUUUGGACUCCAAAGUUUGUCCUCAGAAAUGAAUAAUCAGAACACUGAUCCUGAUGCCCCAGUAUUUGAGAUGCUUUAUGAAAGAAAUCCAAUCCACAGCACUUUUGAGAGGCGCCUGGAAGUCAGUACCAGACCUCUAAAUAUUAUUUACAAUCCACAAGCCAUUAAGAAAGUAGCAGACUUCUUCUACAAGGGAAGGGUUCAUACCUCAGGUUUUGGUUAUCAGUCUGAGUUAGAAGCAAGAGUGGCUGAAGCUGCCAGAAGACAGUACAACAAGCUGAAAAUGCAGACAAAAGCUGAAAUCAGACAAACGAUCGAUCGUCUAUUAGUUGGAGACUUCAUUGAAAACAGCAAAAGCUGGUCCGUGUGCCUUGAUAUCUCUGCCCCUCAGGUGAUCUUUCCCGAUGAUUUCAAAUUUGUGGAUCCUGUGUUAGUUGUUGUAGAUCUGGGAAGAAUAUUACUCACAAAUUCUCAAGAAGAUUCUGAGAGGAGUGCAGGUGCCAUUUCUUCAGAAGUCAAUGACUUGAGUGAUGAAGAAUAUAAAACACCUCUUGCAACUCCUCCCAAUACUCCACCACCAGAAUCCAGCACCAAUAGUGGCAUCAAAAUGUCUGAGUUUACUGGAGUAGAAAUAAGUGAAGAGCAGCUACAGGCACACUUAAUGAGUAAAAAAAUGUAUGAGAGAUACACACUUUCUUUUAUGGACCUUCAGAUCAUGGUGGGCCGAGUGAAGGACAACUGGAAACACGUUCAGGAUAGUGAUGUGGGUCCAACUCAUGUGGUGGAAAAAUUCAAUGUUCACCUGCAGCUGGAGCACAGACUGAUAUACACAUCUGACCCAAAAUACCCAGGAGCUGUCUUGUCAGGCAACCUGCCAGACUUGAAAAUCCACAUCAAUGAAGACAAAAUGCUGGCUUUGAGGAACUGUUUGACACAGCUGAGUACAUCUGAAGCUAAGUCUUCAGAUGCCCUGCAUUUAGGGAAAGACAAGAUUUUUGCAGAGGUUGACCAGUUUGGCAGUUUGCAUGAUUCUGUAAUGAAUCUGACCCAGAGUGUUGUCAUGCUCGAGCAGCAUACCCGGGAAGUUCUUGUUGAAUCCCAGCUGCUUUUGGCUGAGUUCAAAGUCAACUGUAUGCAGUUGGGUGUUGAGAGUAAUGGGAGAUACAUCUCUGUGCUCAAGGUUUUUGGCACCAAUGCCCAUUUUGUGAAAAGGCCUUAUGAUGCAGAGGUGUCCCUGACUGUCCAUGGCCUGUUACUGGUUGAUACUAUGCAAACAUAUGGAACAGAUUUUGAUCUUUUGAUGGCUUCUCAUAAGAACUUGAGCUUUUGUGUACCAACAGGAAGUCUUCGAGACAGCAGGGCUCAGUCCCCAGUCUCUGGAGCUCAAGAUACACAUCCCAUUGAUGUUGCUGGUUUGUCAGAAAGAUGCAGUACACCCUCCAACACCUCAACCAGUAACAAUGGAAAAGAUCAAGAGUCCUUGAUAAAAUUGGAGUAUCAGUUUGUGAGUGCAGAAUGCCCAUCGAUGAACUUGGAUAGCAGUCUGCAGGUGAUUUCUUUACAGGUGAACAACCUGGAUAUCAUCCUUAACCCAGAGACUAUUGUUGAACUGAUUGGGUUUCUCCAGAAAUCUUUCCCCAAGGAGAAAGAAGAUUCUAGUCCUCAGCCUUUAAUAGCUGACUUGGAGAGAGAUUGGAGGGAACAGGAAACAUUCCAGUCUACUUAUGCACAGAACACAGAGGUAGCAGUUGAUAUCCACUGGUUAAAUGUACUCCUCCUCAGGACAGUUGCCAUGACAAAUGGAGAAAAAUAUGGCAGAAAAAUAGCAACAGCCAGUAUUGGUGGCACCAAAGUCAAUGUCUCCAUGUGUAGUAAACUGGAUGUGAAUGGCUCUCUUGGAUGCCUUCACCUUAUGGAUCUGAUUGAGGACAAUGCAAAGAACCAGUACGUGGUGAGCAUAGGGAACACAGGGAGGUGUGAAAAUCUCAACGGCGAUGUAAAUUGCUUUGAAUCUUUACUCUUUAGGCUUGAUGAUGGAAAUAGCCUUCCAGAUGCUUUAAGUUUCACUUUCACAGAAAAGUCAAAAGAGGAGUGUUCUCUCAACCUCAAAAUGGCCUCCUUACACUACAACCACUCAGCCAAAUUUUUGAAAGAGCUGACUUUGACCAUGGAUGAGCUGGAAGAGAAUUUCCGCAGCAUGUUGAAAAGUGCAGCUUCAAAAGUUACAACAGUCUUGGCAACUAAAACUGCUGAAUACAGUGAAAUGGUUUCUUUGUUUGAUACCACACCACGAUCAAGAGAUGUUGCCAGUGCAGAAGAUAAUGAAGGUGGCACAUUUGGAUCACAGUCCCUCAAAGCUGAUACUAUCAAGCUUAUAUUAAAUGUAAACAUUGAAUCCCCAAUUGUCUCCAUACCUCGAAAGCCUGGUAGCUCUGAACUGCUUGUAGGUCAUCUAGGACAAAUAUCUAUUCAGAAUUUUGUACCAGGAGAGGAUGAGUCUACAAGUGAUAGGCUGCAAGUUGAAAUUAAAGAUAUUAAGAUGUAUUCAUUAAAUAGUAGUCAGUCUGCAAACAAGAAGGAGCCUGCAAGUGGGAUACCCCGUGGGCCACAUUCUUCAUCAGGUCCUGCCAGCAUUAACAGCCAGGAAGAACCUCAUUUUACUCGUCAUGACUUCUUUGAAUCAUUGCAUAAAGGUCAUGCUUUCCACAUUCUGAAUAACACCACGAUCCAGUUUAAAUUGGAAAAGAUACCACUAGAGAAAGAUUUGGAUUUAACUUUUCCUCUGUGUAAUGAAGACUUGGGAAUAUCAAGCAUUAUGAAAAUUGAAGGGAAAUUUGUGAACCCUCUUCAGGUGGUGUUAGCAAAACAUGUAUAUGAACAAGUCCUUCAGACUCUGGAUAAUUUAAUUUACAGUGAAGACUUGAACAAAUUUUCAGCCACUUCUGUAUCUCCAACUAGUAUUAGCUCUCCUUCAGCAUCACUUCAUAGUACAGGCACAGAAUUCUUGAGUGAACGGAAGGAGAAUGGCUUAUUCAGCCACUCCAGUUUUAAUUCUGUUCCAAACAAGCCCUUAGCUAUCAGGGAAACAAAAUCUUUUACUCAAAUUCAAGCAAACUUUCACAUCUCAGAGCUCCAGGUUCAGUUAAGUGGUGAUCUCACACUUGGGGCACAAGGUCUUGUCAGCCUUAAGUUUCAGGAUUUUGAUGUUGAGUUUGCCAAAGAUCACCCUCAGACCUUGUCCAUUCAGAUUGCCUUGCGUUCCCUGCUGAUGGAAGAUCUCUUGGAAAAGAAACCAGACUCUAAGUAUAAGAACCUCAUGGUGUCCCAUGGAGCACCCAAACCAUCCAGUUUAGCCCAUAAGGAAUAUCUUUCACAGUCCUGUCCCUCAGUGUCCAAUGCAGAAUAUCCAGAUAUGCCACGUUCCCUCCCUUCCCAUAUGGAAGAAGCACCUAAUGUCUUUCAGCUGUACCAAAGACCAGUUUGUGCCUCCCGUAAGAAGCAAAAAGAAGAUGCUGAUUCUGAGUAUCCUCUGACUCCACCUCCUUCUCCAUCAGCAGACAGAUCCAAGUUGCCCUGUGGAAAAAGUAACUUUGAUGAUUCAUUAGUUCAUAUCAAUAUAUUUCUAGUGGAUAGGAAACACCCUGAAUUUUCCUCUCGCUAUAACAAAAUUAACCGUAGUGUAGAUGUUGAUUUUAAUUGUCUAGAUGUGUUAAUUACUUUGCAAACUUGGGUAGUAAUAUUGGAUUUCUUUGGGAUUGGAUCCACUGCUGAUAACCAUGCUAUGAAGCCGCAGCCUGAAGAUACUCAGCAGACAAUCAAAGCAGAAAUAAAUUCCUUGUCAGCUUCUCAAGUCCAAGAGCCUGUAAACACUAAGCUGGAUCUAAAGGUCCAUUCUUUAUCCUUAGUCCUGAAUAAGACAACCAGUGAGCUUGCUAAAGCCAGUGUGGCAAAACUUGCAGCUCACCUGGAAGUGACUGAGGGAGAUUUAGCCUUGCAGGGAAGUAUUGGAAGUCUGUCCUUAAGUGAUCUUACAUCUCAUGGAGAAUUUUACAGAGAACGUUUCACUACAAGUGGUGAAGAGGCACUCAUUUUUAAAAUCUUUAAGUAUGGGAGGCCAGACCCUCUGCUGCAGAGGGAGUGUGACAUGCAUGUCACCCUGCGGAUGGCCUCUGUCCAGUACGUGCACACCCAGCGCUUCCAGGCCGAGGUGGUGUCCUUCAUCCAGCAUUUUACUCAGCUCCAAGAUGUCUUGGGCAGGCAGAGAGCAGCAAUUGAAGGACAAACAGUGAGAGAUAAAGCCCAGAGAGCUUCCCGAGUUCUUCUUGAUAUUGAGGCUGGGGCUCCUGUUCUGCUGAUACCUGAGAGCUCCAAGUCCAACAGCCUUAUUGUAGCUAAUCUGGGGAAACUGAAAGUGAAGAACAGAUUCCUGUUUGCAGGAAUGCCAGGGACCUUUUCAUUAAAGAACAAGCAGGAUUCUGUUCAAUUUUCCUCUCCUAUGGGAACCCCAAAACAUAGUGUGAAGAAAACAAGUGCUGAUGAGUCCAAAUCAGCAAUAGAAGGAUUGGUGAUGAAAAAAUCAUCAGGAGCAAACAUUUCUAGGCUGAAGAAUGAGCCUGCAGUGAGCCCAUCGAGUAAGCAGCAGGGGCAGCCAUCAAAGCUGCCUGUUGGCCCAAACCCUGAGAGCCCAGAGGAUCACAUCUGCCUCUUGGACUGCAUUGUAGUUGAUCUGCAGGACAUGGACAUCUUUGCUGCUGAAAGAUACCAGAGAGAGUAUUCCAAGGCUGUGGAAGAUACCAGUGCAGACUUGAGCUUUCCAUCCUACUUGGUGAGGCAGACAGGAGGGAGCCUGCUGACAGAACCCUUCAGACUGAAGUUAAAAGUAGAGAGAAAUUUGGACAAAGAGCUGAGUCAUGCUGUUGCAGACAUUUCAAUCCAUGGCAACCUGUCCUCAGUGCACUGCUCUCUGGAUCUGAACAAGUACAAACUGAUCCGUGGGCUGCUGGAGAACAACCUGGGCGAGCCCAUCGAGGAGUUCAUGCGCCCCUAUGACCUGCAGGACCCAAGAAUUCUUACAGUUUUGAGUGGAGAAGUGUAUACUUCCAUGUCAUUCCUCAUUGACAUGGUUAAUGUGAGCCUGGAACUGAUGGAUCCAAAGGGAAAAGAUGGAUGCAGCUCUUUAGCCAGGUUCGAUUUUAAGAAAUCCAAGUUGCUUUUUGAAAGCUCUUCAGAUGGAACAAAGUCUGUAAAUCUGGUCUCUCAUUCCAUGAUGGCCUUUGACACUCGUUAUGCUGGACAGAAAUAUGCUACAGGCCCCCCAAAUGUCUUCAAUUGCAUCUUUCAGUCAUCCAAGAACACCAGCAGCCCAGGAGCAAUCCAGAUUGAAUUGCAUUUCAGGUCUACUAAGGAUUCCUCCAGUUUCACAGUUGUUCUGAACAAUCUUCGUGUGUUCCUGAUAUUUGACUGGCUGUUACUGGUUCAUGACUUUUUAUGUACUCCUGGAGAUAGCAAGAAGAGGGAAAAUCCCCAUUCCCGACAGCGAAGCUGCAUCAGUGACACAAGUGUGGUUCCCAAAACUGUGAAAAGUGGAGUGGUGACCAAGCGUUCCUCACUCCCUGUGACAGCAGAAAAGCAGCUGGAAGUCAAGGUUAAUGUGACAGGAACUGAGUUUGUGGUUGUUGAAGACAUGUCCUGCUUCGAUACCAAUGCAAUUAUUCUGAAGGGAACAACUGUUCUCACUUACAAGCCCAAGCUGAUAGAUCGUCCUUUCUCUGGCAGUUUGUUUGGCAUUGAGGUGUUUUCAUGCCGGUUAGGAAAUGAGCAAGAGACUGCACUGUCAAUUAUUGAUCCAGUACAGAUUCAUUUGGAACUUAUUGGGAAUUCUUCCUAUCCAAUUGGUUCAGGACUGCUGGAUGCUUUCAAUAGUGAAGAUUUUCCUCCAAUUCUAGAGAUUCAGUUGCAAGCACUGGAUAUCAGACUGUCCUACAAUGAUGUUCAACUCUUCUUGGCAAUUGCAAAGUCAAUUCCCCAGCAGACAAGUGCAGCUCUGCCUGACUCAGCUGCCUCAAGUGCUGGGAGUGCUGCUGAUCCCUCCAGUUCAGCACUGGGGCAUGAGAACUCCUUGGCUCAUGAAACCAGAGAUGGAUCCAGACGUGGGCUGGAUCCUGUUCUUGAAGCCCAGCUGGCUCGCCUCCAGGAGCUGGGAUUCAGCAUGGAGGAUUGUCGUAAAGCUCUUCUCAUCUGCCAAGGUGACUUGAAAAAAGCAGCAAGUUGGUUGUUUAAGAAUGCUGAACCUCUGAAACCAGUUUCCCAGACUUCUGGUCGAGAUAGCCAGGGGAUUUUGCCUUUCCAGUUCAUCUCUGGAGUGGAAAUAAAGGCAGAAAGUGUUUGCAUCUGCUUUAUAGAUGACUGCAUGGACUGUGACGUUCCCCUGGCUGAAUUAACCUUUUCAUGUUUGAAUUUUCUCCAGCAUUUGAGGACCAGCCCUGAAGGCUACGCUCGUUUUACCCUCUCUGGAGAUUAUUACAACCGUGAGCUUUCAGGGUGGGAGCCAUUUAUUGAGCCGUGGCCAUGUUCAGUGUCUUGGCAACAAGAAGCUUCGAGCCGCCUCCAGCCUUCCCGCCUGAAGCUGGAGGUGAAGGCCAAGCCACGCCUGGAUAUCAACAUCACCUCUGUGCUCAUAGAGCAAUACAGAUGUACCAAGCAGUCCUGGAUGGAAGAUUACUGUAAACAGGACAAAGAAGUGAAUGUAAUCAGCUCAGAAGACUGGAUGGGUUCUUCAGUGGAUCCCCCAUGUUUUGGGCAGAGCCUUCCUCUUGUCUACCUUAGAACUAGGAGUACAGCCAGUUUGACUAACCUAGAGCAUCAGAUCUAUGCUAGAGCUGAAAUGAAGACCCCAAAGCGCAGGCAGCCGUUCGUCCCCUUUGCUCUGAGGAAUCACACUGGGUGCACUCUCUGGUUUGCCACCCUGACUACAACCCCAACCCGGGCUGCGCUGUCUCAUAGUGGGAGUCCAGGUGUUGUUCCUGAGGAGAACGGGACGUUGCUGGGUGAUGCCCAUAAUGUCAGUGAAUGGCAAGAGGUUAUCACUGGGGAAGAGGUUCCGUUUGAGUUUGAAACCAGAGGGAAACUCAGACACAGGCACACACAUGACCUAAGGAUUCAUCAGUUGCAAGUGAGAGUAAAUGGCUGGGAAGAAGUGAGUCCAGUGUCUGUGGACAAAGUUGGAACAUUUUUCCGAUAUGCUGCACCAGAUAAGAAUUCCUCCUCUUCUACUCUUGGAAGCCCAAUAAGUAGAACAAAUAUAAUACAUCCACAAGUCUACUUUUCUUCAUUGCCUCCAGUUCGUGUGGUGUUUGAAGUCAGCAUGGAGGGGAGCGCCCGCAAGGUGAUAACAGUGCGCUCAGCCUUGAUGCUGAAGAACAAGCUGGAGAUUCCAAUGGAGCUGAGACUGGACAGUCCCUCUGCCCCUGACAAGCCUGUAGUCCUUCCAGCAGUUAUGCCAGGAGAUUCCUUUGCUAUCCCAUUACAUCUCACAUCCUGGCGUUUGCAAGCCAGGCCCAAAGGAAUGGGAUUCUUCUUCUCUAAGGCUCCAAUUCACUGGACUAAUGUGCAGAAGGCAGCAGAGGUGUGCAGCAGCAAGAGGGAGUGUCAUUCCAUGGAGUCUGAAAACAGCCGAUUUUUCAGGUUUUGUGUGGCUAUAAAGAAAGAAAAUUACCCAGAUUACAUGCCUUCCAGCAUAUUCUCUGACAGUGCUAAGCAGAUUUUCAGGCAGCCUGGGCAUACCAUUUAUCUCCUGCCAACGGUGGUGAUCUGCAAUCUGCUGCCUUGUGAGCUGGAGUUCUACGUGAAGGGUUUGCCCAUCAGUGGGACACUGAAGCCUGGCAAAGAGGCUGCCUUGCACACAGCUGACACAGCCCAGAACAUCGAGCUGGGGGUAUUGCUAGAAAACUUCCCAAUCUGCAAGGAGCUGCUGAUUCCUCCGGGGACACAGAACUACAUGGUGCGGAUGCGGCUCUACGACGUCAACAAGCGCCUGCUCAGCCUGACCAUCCGCAUCGUGUGCCGCGCCGAGGGCUCCCUCAGGAUCCUCAUCUCUGCUCCCUACUGGCUGAUCAACAAAACAGGAUUGCCACUUAUCUUCAGACAAGAUAAUGCAAAAACAGAUGCAGCUGGUCAGUUUGAGGAGCAUGAGCUUGCUAGAAGCCUCAGCCCCCUGCUGUUCUGUUAUGCUGAUAAAGAACAGCCAAACUUUUGUACAAUGCGGGUUGGAAAAGGAAUCCAUCCUGAUGGCAUGCCUGGCUGGUGCCAGGGUUUCUCCCUGGAUGGUGGUAGUGGUGUCAGAGCCCUCAAGGUGAUCCAGCAUGGAAACAGGCCAGGCCUCAUCUAUAACAUUGGUAUUGAUGUUAAAAAAGGCAGAGGCCGUUACAUUGACACCUGCAUGGUCACCUUUGCUCCCCGGUACCUGUUAGACAAUAAAUCCAGCUACAAACUGGCCUUUGUUCAGAGGGAGUUUGCCAGAGGUCAGGGAGCGUCCAAUCCUGAUGGCUACAUCUCCACCCUCCCUGGUUCCAGUGUUGUGUUCCACUGGCCACGGAAUGAUUAUGAUCAGCUGUUGUGUGUGAGGCUGAUGGAAGUCCCAAACUGCAUUUGGUCCGGGGGCUUUGAGGUCAACAAGAACAGUUCAUUCCACAUCAAUAUGAGGGACACCCUGGGGAAAUGUUACUUUUUAAGAGUAGAAAUCACCCUUCAAGGAGCCACGUAUCGCGUUGCGUUCAGCGACACCGACCAGUUACCGCCGCCUUUCCGCAUCGACAACUUCUCCAAGGUCCCAGUUGUGUUUAAGCAGCACGGGGUGGUGGAGCCCAGGCUGUCCACUGAUGUGAAGCCCAUGACCUCUCUGGAUUAUGCAUGGGAUGAGCCCAUCCUGCCUCCCUUCAUCACCCUGACAGUGAAAGGAGCAGGCUCCUCAGAAGUUGUCUGCUGCAUGAACGACUUCCAAGACAGCAAACAGCUUUACUAUGAAAACUUCAUCUAUAUUGCUGCUACAUAUACUUUCUCAGGGCUACAGGAGCCAAGUGUAAGACCAGUUACUUCAAAUAAGGAUGCUGCAAAUGCAGAGCUUGUCCUUGAUGUUUCUCCAAAGACUCAACGAGUUUUGCUGAAAAAGAAGGAGCCAGGAAAGCGAUCCCAGCUCUGGAGGAUGACAGACUCAGGAAUGCUUUGCCAUGAAGGUUCUUCAGUUCCUCAUAACCCCCACAAACCUUCCCCUCGCUCUGAGGACUCCAGUAUGAUUUUGGAUAUUGCAGGCCUAGCAGCUGUCACAAAUAACAGGUACGAGCCCCUGAUGCUGAGACGGCCGGAUCGGCGGCGCAGCACCACCCAGACCUGGAGCUUUCAGGAUGGGAAGCUGACCUGUGGCAUCCAUGGGCUCGUUGUCCAAGCAAAGGGAGGAAUACAGGGUCUUCAUGAUGGAGCUGAAGUUGUUUUAGGUCCUGAUAACUCACUUGAACUUUUAGGGCCAGUUCCACCUGAACAGCAGUUCACCAACCAAAAGAUGAGGCCUGGCUCAGGAGUACUGGCUGUGAGAGUCAUCCCAGAUGGGCCAACUAGAGUUCUGCAGAUAACUGAUUGUAACCAGCGCAGGAGCGAUCGUUCAUUCAGUGAAGGAGAACAACUGCCAGUUUCAGAACCAGAUCUGCGCAAGUUCAAAAAUCCAGAUACAGAGCAGGAAUUAGAAGUGCUUGUCAAACUGGAAGGUGGAAUAGGAUUGUCUUUGGUCAACAAAGUCCCUGAAGAGCUUGUGUUUGCAAGCCUCACCAACAUUAAUGUCCACUACACUCAGCUCUCAACUGGUCAGGUGCUAGAGCUCAGUGUGCAAGAUAUACAGGUGGAUAACCAACUUCUUGGCACUACACAGCCUUUUAUGCUCUUUCUGACACCCAGGAGGAUUGAGAAUGGGCCCCUGGACCCUGCUCCUGCUGUGCAAGUCAAUGCCAUGAAAUUUCCCAGUAAAAAUGCCCUGACUGAUAUAUACAAGCAUCUGAUGAUCACUGCCCGAAAGUUCACAGUUCAAAUUGAGGAGAAACUUCUUCUGAAGCUGUUGAGUUUCUUUGGCUACGGCCAGUCGGAAUCAGAGGUUGAAAAUUACGAUGAAAACCUCCAUGAGAAGGUUGUUGAACAAGGCGGAGCACAAAAGCGAUACUACUUUGAAAAUCUGAAAAUCAGCGUGCCUCAAAUCAAGCUGAGUGUCUUCACUUCCAACAAGCUCCCUUUGGAUCUCAAGGCAUUGAAAAGCACUCUGGGGUUCCCUCUGAUCCGAUUUGAAGAUGCUGUGAUUAAUCUGGAUCCUUUCACUCGGGUCCAUCCUUAUGAAACUCAGGAGUUCAUCAUUAAUGACAUUCUGAAACACUUCCAGGAGGAGCUGCUGAGUCAGGCAGCAAGCAUUCUAGGGUCUGUGGAUUUCCUUGGCAACCCUAUGGGUCUACUGAAUGAUGUUUCAGAAGGUGUUACUGGACUUAUAAAGUAUGGCAAUGUGGGUGGUCUCAUCAGAAAUGUCACUCAUGGAGUAUCAAACUCUGCUGCAAAGUUUGCUGGGACUUUGUCGGAUGGUUUGGGAAAGAUCAUGGACAACAGACACCAGACAGAGCGGGAAUACAUCCGGUAUCAUGCUGCCACCAGUGGAGAGCACCUUGUAGCUGGAAUCCAUGGACUUGCACAUGGUAUUGUUGGAGGAUUGACAAGUGUGAUAACAUCGACAGUGGAAGGUGUGAAAACGGAAGGAGGGGUCAGUGGUUUCAUAUCUGGCCUGGGCAAGGGGCUGGUGGGCACUGUCACCAAACCCGUGGCGGGAGCGCUGGACUUCGCCUCGGAGACCGCGCAGGCAUUGAGGGACACCACGACCCUGAGCAGCCCCAGGACCAAGGCAGAGCGCGUGCGGAAGCCCCGGUGCUGCAGGGGACCCCAGGGGCUCCUGCCCCGCUACCUGGAGAGCCAAGCAGAGGGACAGGAGCAGCUCUUCAAACUGACAGACAACAUCCAGGAUGAGUUCUUCAUCGCCGUGGAGAACAUCGACAGCUACUGCGUGCUCAUCUCCUCCAAGGCUGUGUAUUUCCUGAAGAGUGGGGACUUCACAGACAGGGACUGCAUCUUCCUGGAGGUCAGGUACGAUGACCUGUACCACUGCCUGGUGUCCAAGGACCACGGCAAUGUCUACAUCCAGCUCACCAAGAAGGCUGUGAACACGAGCAGCGGGCUGGCCAUGCCAGGCCCCUCCCAGCAGCGGCCCAUGGUGAAAGUGAAAUCAGAAGCUCUGGCAGUAAAGGUGUCCCAAGAAAUCAACUAUGCAAAGAGCCUUUAUUAUGAGCAGCAGCUGAUGCUGAGACUUAGUGAAAAUCAAGAGCAACUCGAGCUGGACUCUUGAAAAUCCAUUUCCUCACUGCCAGAAAGAGCUGCAAGUACCAGGCUGGAGCCAGGACUGUGUGACUAGAGAAGGGAAAAAUAUAAUUUUAGUAUUUAGAGAAAACAAAAGAGGUGGCUUUUCUUUUUUAAGCACUAGUUGUAUACCAGAGGUGUAGCUGACACAGCUUUGGGUCUGGGAGAAGCCCUGUAUUUUGCUAACAUGUAUAUAUGUACAAGUGUCCAUGUAAAUACAACUGCAGAGGGUGUUGGUAUAAAUAUGAGUCUGUUUACUGUGUAAAGAAAUUAAAGGAGCUCUACUGAGUCAUACUGCACUACCUGACAGAAGCCCUUCUCUCUCUCUGUCUUUUUUUUUUCCUUGAGAAAACUGAUUUUCACAGUACAGGAAUGUAGAUAAACCUUUAAAAAAUAAAAUCAAGAAUUAAUUUCAGCUUUUGGAGCACAGGUGUCCUGUGGUUUAGAGCUUUAACACCAUGAACAGGGUGCAUUAACACUGUGACUAGGGGGCAUUGGUUGGGUUGUUUGGUGGGCUUUUUGUUGUUUUUUUUCUCUUAACUCACUAACACAGGUAAAUACAGGAGACCUGGUCUUGCACUGAAAUGUCAGCCUCUUUUUUAACAAAAAAAUUGUAUUUUGGUAAAUAAUACAGGCAGGAUUCAGUUUUACAUUCACAGUCUGCAUCUCAAAGCCUCUUUUCUGACUUGUUUUUGAAGCAGUUGAAGUGAGCAGCCUUGGAAAUUGAACAUUUAACUUCAGAUUUUUCCUUCCGUCAGGUGGAGGAAGGGUGGGGGGAGAGGAGAUUACCAGCUUGUUGGACUUCACAAUAUCUUGAGAAGUAAACUUCUAAAUAAAAAAACAACACUUUUUUUCUGCUGUUGUACACCA